UUCUCUUUUCUUUUAGCUUACUGUGAAAUUUUUUCUUCUUUUUGUUCUCUUUCUCUUUCCCUUUCCCUUUCCUUCCCUCACCCUCUUGAAUCCAUCUCUGUCAAUCGUUUUGGCACAAUUGUUGCGGUCUCUUUCUCUUCCCUCUCUUGUAUUUAAUCUUUUCUCUCUCUUUAGCUAACCUAUCGUUGUUCUCGUCAGUCAUACGCGUUUCUCUCUUUCUUGCGCUCCCUCUCUCUAGCUUGUUCGACUCUCGAGACCGUGACUGACUCGAUUCGCUUCGACUCGGCAGUCGCGGUUAAACUCGCGCAGGAGGCGUUACGUGCGAUUUUCGCGUCACGCGCGUUAUUCAUAACAUAACGAGAGAGGGGAAAAAAGAAACCGUCAUAACGGCCGGCUUUUUGUUUCUCAAAUGUAUAUAUCCUAAAGUAUUUUGUGUCCUAAAGAGUGAACUUUUGUAUUUGCACAUAUCGAUCGUUUCUUCAAAACAAUCGAUUCAAUUCGAGAUGUAAUGUUUAACAAGAGAAUCGCGUUUAUUCUAGUCUGUUGUUUGAAGGCGAACGUGUUAUCGUCAAAUGUGGCACACGAUGAAAAGAAUUUCAGCGUGUUGAAAUUCUGAUUGUAUCGAAUAUAAACGUCGUUCGUUUCGCAAGGCAGUGAAAAUUGUCCGUAAGAGAACGAUCGAUAUUCGAAUUGCGAUCGAAGUCUGGUGACAAAGGUGAGAAAGUAAACAAGCUGCGCGUGCACCGUUGUCGUGUACGCCAUGUGCGUCCCAGUCACAUCCACAAGUGCUUUGAAGAAAGGUGGUUUUAUUGUACGAUAAGUCUUCGAAUUCUUCGAUGGCAAGAGAACGAAAAUUAUUUGCAAUCAAAUAGAAAAUUUAAAUUUAAAAGUGUUAAGAAUAAGAGCGUGAUAUUGCGUCUGCAAAUGCAAUUGUCUCGUUCUCAAAUUUAUGGAAGAAACGGAAUAUUAGAUUUCUCUCUUACUCUUUAUUGGAAUAGUGCGAUAAGGUUAGGUCGCAAUUCAUCGAGCAAAAAGAAAGAGUUGGAAUAAUUAAACGAUUCGAGCAUUCUUGUUUCGCGUACUAAAAAGUGAACAAGAAGAAGAUUGCUUGUAAAUCUCUCAUUUCUCAUCUGUAUUCUGUGUCGAAUGUCGGAUAAGAUUGGGAUAAAAAGAAAUUGGGCGCGAUAAAUUUGAAAGUCAGCUGUUCGUUGAAGUGGCAGAGCGUGUUGCGUUAAUUCUAUAAUGAUUGACGUUCGAUCGUUAAAAUUAUUUUAACGUCGCGUAUUUCGACAAGACGAUCGCGAGAUCAUAACAGUAGUUCGGAAUUCAAUUCGAAAGUUAAUCCAUCCUACCAUUCAAUCGUUAGAAGUACUCGAGAGUGUUGAAUUCAUUUAAAUACUGUUCGCGAAAACCAGUUAUUCCUUCGUUUUCCCUACAGUGUUAACAAUUAGUGCCACGUCUUUUAACGAACAGUUUGAUCGAUCAUUAAACAUUCUUUAUGACUAACGAUCAUUUGCCGAGAUGAAGAAAUGAUCGGCGUCGCGAAUCGGAGGCGCAGCAGUCGGCUUCCAGCUCGUGAACGAGUCGAUUGAACAUCGUCUCCGACGAGCGACGUUUUCGACAUUAGAUCGUAAUAUCGAUUAAUGAAAAAAACAAUCGAGUUGAAAAUCGAUUUCAUCCAUCUACCUCCAUCGCGAAAACGAAGUUUCUGCGCGUGUUCAGCCCCCCCAGGCACGUGGAUGUUAUCGAAGGAAAUUUGCCCCGAGAGGUCGGUUCGCUACGUGGGAGCGAUUACAACACAAGCGAGUUCAUUCAUCGUAGGGAUUCCAGUGCACCGGAAGUGACGAGACGAGAGUGCUUCCCCGAAGUUGGUUGCGUGCGCGCGAGUGCACGAGUCGUCAAGUUCUCUAGCGGAACGCGGUGGAGCGGUUGAAGAGCGUGUAACGUGCGUGUAUAGCGGCGUUCCGUGUGGAACGGGAAACUGCGAGCGUGGAGAGGAGAAGAGAGAGUCGAAGCGAGUCGCGCGCGAGUGGUAAGCCGUUCGAGAGAAAAGGUUCGAGAAGAAGAACGUGCAGCUGGGGCGAAGAACGGUGAAGAAAGGGGGAGAAAAGGAAGCGGCGUAGAAGAGGAACAAGGAUGCGGUCGUGGUGGAGAAUAGCGGGCUGCCGGACGACCAAGCAACGUCCUGCGAGACGCACGGUCGCUCCUUGAAGGACACCGCGGUUUUCGUGUCCGGAGGAUGGACUGCUCUCUGUCGAAGGAGGAACGAGUUGCGUGCGAGACGAGCGGCGCUCGAUUCUUACAUGACGACCACGCUGUUUUAUGAACCUGAUUGUUCCACUUCGUCGAGGCGCCUCGCCACGCUGAGCGCACGAUUAUGCAGCUGAAGAAAGCGAUGCUUAAGAUAUUCGAUCAAUGUGAGUUGCCGAUUUUUGCUUCUUUAUGUUCUUUUGUUUUGUUUCUUCUUCUUCUUCUUCUUAUUUAGGUUUUAUUUUGUAUUUACGCGCGACAUUGUUUCAUCCUUACUUAAUAAUUUAGGUUAACUUGGAAAUAGAAAGUGUAAAUUCAAUUUUGUAAAAAAUUGUUUAUUUUAGCAAAUUAAUCUAAUAGCAUAUAUAAUUUUCUUUUUCAAUUGUAGAAUUUUAGACUUUAAUCAAAACGAAAUAACGAAGAUUCAAUUAUAUUAUAAAAAAGGAUUUAAAUCAUUUGUUCUUUCAAAAAAAAAAAAAAGAGAGAAAAAAGAUUUAUCUUUUAAUUUUCGUUUUAGCAAAAUAUACAACAUUUUACAUUUUACUCUCAUCAAUUGAUAUUCGCCGCAAAUUAAACACGUGAGAUAUUUCGUUCAAAGUGUCACGUAAACGAUAUCGCGUGACGAGAUAUCUUAUUCGCGAAUGCGAAGAGGUUAACGAUAUGCGGGGAAAAAAAAAGAAUUUGUUUUUCAUCUUUAUUAGGUUAAUACGUGUUUAGUUGCGCGUAACUGUGAAACGUAAUCGCCGUUGCAUUAAGAUUCAGAAAGAGUUUAAAACUGAAAGAAAGUUACGUCUUUGAGGUUAUGGAACAGCUGUCAAAAGUAAUCGCGGUAAUGAUGUCAUUCGAUAUAAUCCGAUAUCGAUUGUAAUACAUUUCUAUGUAUCGUUUCGCAGACAUUUUCUCGCUACGCGGUGAAAUAUAUUCGCUAUUCCACAAAUUUUCGUAUUAUUCAUUCACGAAUUCGUUCCACGAAGGGACGAAAACGCGCGUAUAUCUCUUACGAUCGCGAAACGAAAUUCGAAAAGCGUGUUCGAGGGAGGGGGGAAAAAAGGACCAUCGCGUUUCAACACUCGCGCAUUUACAGAUAAGAAGCAUGAACGAACAUGUAUACGUACAUACCAACGACGUAGUUGUCGCAGCUCUGUUAUCAAUAGCUCGGUGCAAUCGCACGGGUAAUAAAUUAGAUCCGCUCGUAGAAGAGCAUCACCGAGCGUUUCUAUUAAACAGUAGAAAAAGAAGGAACAUGCGUCGUGUCUUCGUCGCGUUUCGAGUCACGGUAGCUGCGUGGCAUAUCCCCCCCGAUGGAAAAGUUUCGGUAGUAACAAACGCGUAUCAGCCACGGGGCUGUGGUGGCUGUAAAUGCAGCCGCUUGCUCGAACGUCACGUACCGAAAGUAUUGUAUUUCGUGUGUAACCGUUUCUUCCAGUAUGGAGAGCACAGUGGAUGGCUGGAUUGGAUGGGUGUAUGCAAUAAACGCAGCGACGCGAGGUGCAUGACUACGCGUUUUCUGUACGCGCGUGUACACGGUUGACCGUAGCUGCAUGCGCCUGCACUUGCGGAGCAUCGAAGAACCGAGGAUGACGGCGGAGACGGCAGCUCCUUGUGUGCAGGGGAUGCAAGGGGUGCAGACCGCUAUGGCCGGCCAGGGGACGUUGCAACAGGUGCAAGAUGGAAAAUCCACCGGUGGUUAUUAUUCCUCCACUUCCGCCGUCUACGAUCCGGAAUACGCCCGCAUGGAGGCAUGGCUCGACGAACAUCCCGACUUUGUCAACGACUACUUUCUCAGGAAAGUGACGAGACAGACGGUAGACAUGUGGUUGGUCUCACACGCGACGCCAACGUCCUCGUCGAGCAGCUGCGUCGAAUUGUCCAGCCCGACCCAUGCAGGUGGCACGUCGUCCUCUGGCCGUGGUGGAUCCGGCGGAUCAGGUGCCACCACUCCUGUACGAAAAAUCUCGGCACACGAGUUCGAGCGCGGCGGUUUGCUAAAGCCGAUCGUGAACACGAUCGACGGGACGCCCACGUUCCUCAGCGUUUCGCCCGGGGAUUCAGGACAACCUGGAGGUCAGCAGGUUGGCUCCGGAAACGCGGGCAGGCCCCAGAGACGGUCCAGACACGAGUUGAGGCAUCUCGACGAGAAAGACCUCAUAUUCGAAUUGGUGAAGGAUAUCUGUAAUGAAUUGGAUGUGAGAUCAUUGUGCCACAAGAUCCUGCAAAACGUGAGUACCUUGUUACACGCGGAUCGUGGUUCCUUGUUCCUGGUGCAGGGGGAGAGAGGCGGUGGUUGCAUGCCGUCCUCGCAAAAUCACGACUCCACGUCGAACAAUCCAAACGAUAAUGGGAAUCCAGGAAAAACGGAGCAACGUGGAUACUCGAGAAGCAGAUGUCUAGUCUCUAAGUUGUUCGACGUGUGCUCGAGAUCGACGCUACUCGAAAUGGAGAAAAAAGAUGAGAUCAAAAUUCCCUGGGGCACGGGAAUCGUUGGUUACGUUGCCGAAAGUGGGGAACCUGUUAACAUACCAGAUGCUUACAAGGAUUCAAGAUUCAAUCGCGAAAUUGAUGCAUUGACGGGAUAUAGAACCAGAGCCCUUUUAUGCAUGCCAAUAAAGGAUUGCAACGGAGACGUUAUCGGCGUUGCACAAGUAAUCAACAAACUCGGUGGUGAAAGUCAAUUUACUGCGCAAGACGAAAAAGUUUUUGCUGGAUAUUUGCAAUUCUGUGGUAUUGGAUUAAGGAAUGCGCAGCUAUAUGAAAAAAGUCAAUUAGAGGUUAAAAGAAAUCAGGUUCUUUUAGACCUAGCUAGGAUGAUAUUCGAAGAACAGAGCACAAUAGAGCAUAUGGUAUUCAGGAUUUUGACCCAUACACAAUCCUUGAUACAGUGUCAACGAGUACAGGUUCUCCUCGUGCAUAAGGCAUCAAAGGGCAGUUUCUCACGAGUGUUUGAUUUCGAGGCGAAUGACCUCACCGGCGAGGAUUCAGAUUCUCGCACUAGUCCAUUCGAGAGCAGAUUCCCUAUAAAUGUCGGCAUCACCGGCUACGUUGCUACAACUGGAGAGACCGUGAAUAUACCGAACGCCUACGAAGAUCCAAGAUUCGAUCCCUCCGUAGAUGAUGGCACUGGUUUUAGACAUCGUACUAUUCUCUGCAUGCCUAUCAAGAAUUCCUCGGGUCAGAUUAUUGGUGUUAUUCAACUGAUCAACAAGUUCGACGACCUUGCUUUUACAAAGAAUGAUGAGAACUUUGUCGAGGCGUUUGCUAUUUUCUGCGGCAUGGGAAUUCACAAUACACAUAUGUAUGAAAAAGCUGUGAUAGCAAUGGCCAAACAAAGCGUUACUUUAGAAGUGCUUAGUUAUCAUGCUUCUGCAUCACUGGAGGAUGCACAAAGAUUAAGAGGUUUAAGAGUGCCUUCUGCUGCGCAUUUUCAAUUGCACGAUUUCAAGUUCGAUGACAUUUAUAUGGAAGACGACCAAACAUUAACAGCGUGUCUUCGAAUGUUUUUAGAUCUUGAUUUCGUCGAACGUUUUCAUAUUGAUUACGAUGUCCUUUGUCGUUGGCUUCUUAGUGUAAAAAAGAAUUACCGAAAUGUCACAUAUCAUAAUUGGCGUCAUGCGUUCAAUGUUGCGCAAAUGAUGUUUGCCAUUUUAACUGUAAGAAAAUUUAAUGAAUUAAAUAUAUUACAUUUAUUGUAUAAAGUUAUGAUAAAAAUAAACAAUAAAUUUAUUAUCGUUCAGGCCACGCAAUGGUGGAAAAUUUUUGGAGAAAUUGAAUGUCUUGCAUUGAUUAUUGCCUGUUUGUGUCAUGAUCUGGAUCAUCGUGGUACGAAUAAUUCUUUUCAAAUCAAAGCAUCUUCGCCAUUAGCACAACUCUAUUCAACAUCAACGAUGGAACAUCAUCAUUUUGAUCAAUGUCUCAUGAUACUGAGUAGUCAAGGAAAUCAAAUUUUAUCAAAUUUAUCUCCAGAAGAAUAUUCUCGUGUGGUAAAAGUUCUCGAAGAAGCAAUCCUUUCUACUGACCUAGCAGUUUAUUUCCGAAAAAGGGGUGCUUUUCUUAAUCUAGCUCAAGGUGGUGGCUAUAAUUGGGCUUACAGUGAUCAUCGAGAACUUUUGAGGGGAAUGUUGAUGACCGUAUGUGAUUUGGCGGCGAUAACUAAACCUUGGGAAGUUGAGAAAAGAGUGGCGGAAUUAGUUAGCAGUGAAUUUUUUGAACAAGGAGAUAUCGAAAGGCGGACUCUCAAUAUUACUCCUAUUGACAUUAUGAACAGGGAGAAAGAGGACCAACUGCCAAUGAUGCAAGUUGGCUUCAUCGAUUCGAUUUGCCUCCCUAUUUACGAGGCAUUCGCUUUAUUGUCGGAUAAAUUGGAACCGUUGGUCGAAGGUGUUAGAAAGAAUAAACAACAUUGGCUUGAGAUAGCGGAAUCCAAAUGUAAAUCAGACAAUUGUACGAAUCAUGACAGGACAUUAUCCGAUACCGAAGAAACUUGCGAACAGGCGGAUCAGUAAUUGUUAUUUCAAUGGGGAAGUGAAAAUAUGAAAUGGAGACAAUUGUACAUGGAUAAAUACUCGUUUUUAAAACGGGGAACAAACAAAACACGAUGACAAAAGAGAGCAGCAGCAAGAUUAUCAUGUACGUUUUAUAUGCUGUUCGUCGAUGAAAUAAGAAAAAUCAAUCAAGGAGGCUGAAGAUGAUUAAUUUAAGACGAAUUGUGCUUCGUCCUCUCUUCGGUAAUAAAACAGAUCAACCCCGAGAUGCUACUCUUGUACCUGAUCGUAUUGUACGUAUACUUACUAUGGCAGAUCUUUGAUGUCCAGAGAGGACGAAGAAGAAGGACGAUAGAAUAUGCGAAAAUACCGAAGGAAUCGCAACGAGAAUUGAUUUUCUUUUCGUAUGGAAUUUUACAUUACGAAUUGAAGACCUGUGGUCAAUCACAUUUUAUGUUUUCAAGUAUAAAUAUAAUGUUGAUGAUGAAUAUUAUAAUAUACUUAUUGCGGAUAGUAAUUGGAUAACGAUCCAUUAAAAUUUUCGCGUGAAGGAUAAAAUGACGGUGCUAUUGAUGUAGAUAUAUAAUAAUAUCGUUCACUUAUUAAAUUUAGAAUAUCGUAACGUAAAGUAAAAUACGUAUUAUCAAAAAUGUAUUACCGAAUUAAAGAAUGUUUUCUUUUUCUUUUUCUUUUUUUUUUUUUUUUUUUACAGUAUUUUAAGCUAUAAGAUUUGUGCUUAUUUUUGUUAAUAAGAAACAUCGAUAAUUAUAUAAUAUUCUAUAUAAUAAUGAUUUCUUAAAUUUGUAAGAAACGAAAUUGUAAAUAUAAUUAAAGAUUACUUACUGUUAUCGAGAUGUUUUGAAUCUCGUUUAUCAACAAAACUGCUACAGGUCUUCAAUUAACGAGACGGAUAAUUCCUCAAUAAUUACAUAGAUAUAAGAACUCUCAGCUCUUGUCUUGGAAUCGCGUUUACAGGGAAUUGUCUCCGAUUUAUGGACUCGUCCGACCAAGAAUCGAGUCUUGCGUGUAAUUAUAUAAUGUAUUCGUAAACCAAAGUGUACGUUUAUACAUCAAGAUCAGUCGUGAUCUUUAUUACUCGAUAUGGCAAUGAUUUUAAAUGCUGUUGUGCGUGCUAAUUAUUAUAAUUAGUGGUUAGAUGUGACGGGAAUAAAUUUUUUCGUCGCUUAUCUUGCUUAUCUUGAAUGUUUUUUAACAUCGUUUAAACUCAAACAAUCGUUUUCCUCUUCGCACAAAGCUUCUAUGAAGAGCAUUUAAAAGAUACUUAAAGAAAAUGAUGUUUGUCUAUGAUAAUGUAUCCUUUACUUUUGGAUUUUUAAGAUCAUUAUUGAAUACAGGACAUAUCACUGUGAUUUAAUAUAACCAAAUAUUGUGACUUAUACAUAAUAUAAAACAGUGAUUUAUAAAUUAUUUAAAACGUUUAACGUACCUACGUUAUUAAAGGUUAAAAUAUUUGUGAGUGCAAAAAGUAUAUUUAUAUCGCUUAAAAUCAAUUUCUAUAAAUUUUCAUUUAAUUUUCAUUUUCAUUUCAUUUUCACAAAUUGUAUAUUUUACUUGUUGCAAAGUUAACAUAUCUGCUCUUAAAAAUAAAAAUAUAGCUUUGCGAAGACGAAAGCAUUUCAGAAUUCGUUCGCGUGUGAUCGUUACUUAUAAUGAUAGUCCGUAUUUUAUAUAUGUUCCUUUCAUUGUUAAAAAGAAGAGUGUCCUUUUUUUAAAAUCGUUAAUAAAUUCUCGAUUUUAUUGCGUGACGCUAUAAGAGAAGCAAAAUGGUGUAAGAAUUGUGUGAUAAAAAAAAUGUUUAUUGCGUAUGAUUGUUAUAUUAUGAAUGAAUGUUACACCGAUAAAAGCGAUGCAAUGUACAGUUUUCGUGUAAAUUAUUGAUACGUCAAAAUCGAGUUGUUUAGCGUGUAUGUUUAUGUUACGAUUUAACAUAUAGUAUGAGAGUCAUAUAUUAUACUGAACAACAUCUAAUAUAUUAAAACAAGACUAAAUUAUGUGAUA